CGAUCGUCGUCUGUUAAACGAUUCUUUUUUCUAUGCAAAACCGUAAAUUGUAGCUAUGGGCAAGAGAAGAUUUAACGAAAAAGGGCGCCGUCAGGUGGAGACCAUUGUAGAUGAUUCGGAAACCAAAAAGAUCAAAAUAGAUUUCGGCCCGGCCGACGAAGCGUAUGGCGAUGGCGAUCAGGCAAAUGCACUGGUGCUGCCAUCGAAAAAACGUUCCACCAAAGUAAAGAAGGACACAACGGUGGUGACCAGAAUUCUGUCGAAGAAGCAACGCAAAAGGCUGGAGAAGAUUGUGGAUCAGAAGAAGAAGAAGGAAAACCGAUCAUCGCUGAUCGCGUCACUGGUGGCGGUGCAGGCUUCGAAGGAAGAACUGAGCGGUUAUCGCAAGUUAAGCGACAUCCAGACGAAGGGUUUGAAGCAGCACUUCAAGGAACAGAAACACGGUGUAACGGUCGUGGAGAAGCCCCGAGCCCGACGUGGGGAUGAAUGCGGCGCCGCGAAGAUCCGCAGCUUGGUCGGUAGUCGUCGGAAACGGUUGGCUUUGUUGCGCCAGCAGGAGCCAUCAGCCGAAGGUGACGAAGAGAUGGAGCAGCCAGACCGUAACCCUAAUGUUGUAGGACUGGAUGAGGCAACUUCUUCUUCCAGUGAGUCGGAUGAGUUUGAAGAUGCGCAUGAUGAUGCGAGAUCGAAUGAUAUCGUAAAGGGUAACGAUAUUGUGGAGCGCACAGGCGAUUCAAAGGAAUUGGUUUCGCCAACGGAGUCAACCGGCAGCAAGCCGAAACCUCCAACGGAUUCGCACACCGGUAACCGAGCUAGCGUCGUAGUCGAAAAGGAUCGUAAAGCGGCUACGUACGUUCACGUUGAACGCAAGUCGGACGUUCAAGCAGCACGUCUAAAGUUACCGAUUUUGGCAGAGGAGCAAGUGAUAAUGGAAACAAUCAGCGAGAACCAAAUCACCAUCUUGGCGGGUGAAACGGGUAGCGGUAAAACGACGCAGAUUCCGCAGUUCCUCUACGAGGCGGGUUACGGCGAGCGGGGCCUUAUCGGUAUCACCGAACCGCGGCGCGUUGCCGCCAUUUCAAUGUCGAAACGUGUGGCGCACGAGAUGAACCUCUCGACGGACGUCGUGUCCUAUCUGAUCCGCUACGAAGGUAACGUGACCGAGCGCACAAAGAUCAAGUUUAUGACCGACGGUGUGCUGUUGAAGGAGAUCGAGGCAGACUUUCUGCUCAGCAAGUAUUCGUGCAUCAUACUGGACGAGGCGCACGAACGCAGCGUCUACACCGACAUUCUGAUGGGCCUGCUGUCCCGCAUCGUGCGGUUGCGCGCCAAACGGGCCACCAGUCCGCUGCGACUGAUCAUCAUGUCCGCCACGCUGCGGGUGACCGAUUUUACGGAAAACAAAAAACUGUUUCUGGACAUCCCACCGGUCAUUAGCAUCGAUUCGCGCCAAUACCCCGUCACGGUGCACUUUAGCAAAACGACCCCGGCCGACUACUUGCGGGAAGCGUUCGUGAAGACAGUCAAGAUUCACACCCGGCUGCCGGAGGGGGGAAUAUUGAUUUUUCUCACUGGCCAGAAGGAGGUAAACACGAUGGUCCGCAAACUACGUAAAUUGUUCCCCGCAACGCCAUCGGCUGCUGGUAGCGAUCAAAUCACCGGUAACGAUGAAACCCACGAUCGUGACGAAGACGAUGAGUUUGAUAGCAUUUUGCGGGGAAAGCGUGCACGUAAGAAGCACGCGUCAGCAAAAGGAUCGCGUAAGCGUAAAUCGUCGCUCAGUGUUCCGCGACUUCCCCGGAUCGAUUUGGAUGCUUACGAACUUCCCCACGAAGACGACACGGAGGGUGAUUUGCAUGAGGACGACGCUGCCACCGACAGUGAGCUCGAUGACGAUGAAGGCGACGACGAGCUGUUGGGUGGCGUUGGAAACGAAGGUCUCGGUAUCUCGGAACUGAAACGUAACCAACCGCUGUGGGUGCUGCCACUCUACUCGAUGUUGCCCCCCGAUAAGCAGCAGCGAAUAUUUCAGACACCACCGGAAGGGACCCGGCUGUGUGUAGUGGCGACGAAUGUAGCCGAAACGUCGCUCACGAUUCCGGACAUUAAGUACGUGGUGGACAGUGGCCGGCAGAAGACGAAGCUGUACGAUAAAGUGACGGGCGUGACGGCGUUUGUAGUGACGUUUACCAGCAAAGCGUCGGCCAAUCAACGCGCGGGACGUGCUGGCCGUGUUGCCCCGGGACACUGCUACCGGCUGUACUCGAGCGCGAUCUUCAAUGAUGAGUUUGUGGACUUUGCUCCGCCCGAGGUACAGCAGAAACCGGUUGACGGGCUGGUGCUACAGAUGAAGUGUAUGGGAAUCGAUAAAGUGGUAAACUUUCCCUUCCCAUCGCCCCCGGACCGGGAGCAACUAGUGGGGGCCGAGCGGCGCUUGUUGCAGCUCGAAGCGCUCGAGGAAGUCGUAACACGGACGACCAGCAAGGGAUCUAGCCACACGCAAGUCUUAACACGCGUCACGGAGCUGGGUCGUACGAUGGCCGCCUUUCCGGUGGCCCCACGGUUCGGGAAAAUUUUAGCGCUCAGCCACCAGCACGCCCUCCUACCGUACGCGAUCUGCCUCGUGGCGGCCCUAUCCGUACAGGAAGUGCUGGAGGAGAUUGCGCUCACGGAAGACGACGCUUCGGAGGGUGCCAAACGGUGGCGCCAGAAGCGUAAGGCGUGGGCCGGCACAGGCGAAUCGUUGUUGCUGGGUGAUCCAAUGAUUUUACUGAAAUCGGUCGGUGCGGCCGAACACGCCAACCGCAAUGGCACACUGAACUCGUUCUGCACCGCUAACGGUAUACGAUUGAAGGCGAUCCGGGAAAUUCGCAAGCUGCGCGUUCAGCUAACGAACGAAGUUAACGCCAAUCUGCGUGACAUGAAUCUGACGGUGGACCCGGAUAUGCCACCACCGAGCGUGACACAAACACGACUUCUCCGCCAGCUGCUCCUGAUCGGUAUGGCCGACCGGAUCGCCCGGAAGCUGCCGGAAAGUGAGGUGAAACUGAAAGCGGAUGCCCGCCGUUUGCGCCAUGCGUACAACCUGCCCGUGAUCGACGAACCCGUCUUCCUGCACGGCAGUUCCGUGCUACGGAAGGAGCUUCCCGAGUGGGUUUGCUUCCAGGAAGCGUACGAAGCAACGAUACCGGGUGAAGGAGGCCUGGGCCCGGGAGAAUCGAAAACGUUCAUUCGCGGCAUUACGGCCAUCGAGCCCGAAUGGUUGCCAAAGUUCGUACCGAACGUGUGCAACAUUAUGGACGUGCAGGAGGAACCGAAUCCGCCGACGUACGACGCUGCCAGCGAUACGAUCGAGUGCCACGUGCGGGCAACGAUCGGUAAAAGCAGCUGGCAAUUGCCGCCAUCGCUGGUCGAGAUGCCCCGAAAUAUGCUCCGUUGCAAAUAUUUGUUGAAGUUCUUGCUGGCCGGUGUGAUCUUCCAGCAGCUAAAGCCGCUUCGCAAGUCGCUGCUUUCGUCUCCCGAUUCGGUACUGAAGCAAUAUUCGUCCGCCGUGCCACGGAUCGACGCCGCUCUCAAGGUGCUGCUGGCGAACGAAGUUUACAAUGCUAGCCGAUUCCGCGACCUGUGGAACCAAGACCCAAAGUUUUUUCUCCAGGAGUACCGUGAGUUUCUUCCCAUUGCAUGUCACGAUGACGUUGCCAAGUGGUGGCCACCAAAAAAGUAA